AUGCCCGCAUCCUGGACAUUUGUGGAGGGGACACAGGAGGCCCAGAGAAUGGAGGACGGGCAGGGGCUGAGUGCAGAAGAACCCCCAGGUGCCCAGGAGAGGAAACACUUCUUGGAGGGGAGGAUGCAGAGGGUGACCAGGGCUGCGGCUGGGGUCUGCCUGGGGCUGGCGUCUCCGGGAGUGCAUGCAGGGAGGCGCCGAGGGCUCAGGAGGCUGAGCCUGCCACCCCCACACCGGUCCCGACGAGGACGGCCCGCUCUGAGCGAAGCCCCGCCCUCCCCCGAGCACUUGACCCUGCGAUGCGAGGCAGGGUCAAGUGGCCAGGAGCCAGCUGGCGGUCCUGGGGCCCCCUGUCUGCGGCUCAGCUGCCGGCACCUGCUGGACCGCGACCCGCUGACCAAGUCGGAUCCCAGCGUGGUGCUUCUGCAGCCGGCUCAGGGCCGGUGGGCGCAGGUGGACAGAACCGAGGUGGUGCGGAGCAGCCUGAACCCUGUGUUCUCCAAGGUCUUCACGGUCGACUACUACUUUGAGGAGGUGCGGCGGCUGCGCUUCGAGGUGUACGACACCCAUGGGCCCAGCAGCCUGGGCUGUGACGAGGACGACUUCCUGGGGGGAAUGGAAUGCACUUUGGGGCAGAUUGUAGCUCAGAAGAAGAUGACUCGCCCACUGCUGCUGAAGCUGGGCAGGAAGGCCGGCAAGUCCACCAUCACGGUGAUUGCCGAGGACAUCUCUGGGAACAAUGGCUACGUGGAGCUUUCCUUCCAGGCCAGGAACCUGGAUGACAAGGACCUCUUCAGCAAGUCUGACCCCUUCCUGGAGCUGUUCCGGGCCAACGAGGAUGGCAGUGAGCAGCUGGUGUACCGCACAGAGGUGGUGAAGAACAACCUCAGCCCAGUCUGGGAGCCCUUCAAGCUGUCCCUGAGCUCCCUGUGCAGCUGUGAGGAGACCCGGCCUCUGAAGGGCCUGGUCUGGGACCAUGAUGCCCGUGGGAAGCAUGACUUCAUCGGCGCCUUCUCCACCACCUUCGCGGAGAUGCAGGCGGCCUUCACUCGGGGUCAGGUGAGCCAGGCACUGUGUCCCCCCGGUCUGGGCACAGUUACACGAGAGGAGACAUGGUGACAAUGGUGCGGGGACACUAUGGUACCGUGCCAGACCCACAUCACUGUCACUGGUCAUCG